AUGAAGAUUGCUUCUUUCAACGUACAGAAGUUUGGUGUGACCAAACUCUCCAAUCCAGAUGUCCUGUCAACUCUUGUUAAGAUUGUGUCUCGAUACGACAUCAUAGUGAUACUGGAGGUGGUGGAUUUGAGCGGAGAUUCUGUUAAACUGUUCUUGAAAGAACUGAACAAAGUCAACACAACCCAUCACUACGCUCUGCAGCUCAGUAUCCGCCUGGGGAGGAACAGAUACAAGGAACAGUUUUUGUUUCUAUACAGGGAUGAUGUUGUCGAUUUGAUCGACUGCUAUCAAUAUGAAGACAACCAGGUGAACAACAUGGAUGCCUUCGCAAGAGAGCCGUAUAUUCUCCACUUCAAACCACACAACACAGUGCUGAAGGAUAUAGUGCUCAUCCCGGUCCACACCAAACCACUGGACUCUGAAAAAGAGCUGGAUGAUCUGUAUGAGGUCUUCCUGGCUGUCAAAGACAAAUGGAAAACUGAUAACAUAAUGAUCCUGGGGGAUUUCAAUGCAGAUGGUGUGUAUGUCACCCGGAAGGAGAUGAAGGAGAUCCGUAUUCGCAGUGACAAGAAUUUCCAUUGGCUGAUUGGUGAUGACGUGGACACGACGGCAAACACAUCAAACGAACACACCUACGACCGGAUUGUUGUAUAUGGAGAAGAUAUGCUGGCAGCCUUUGUGCCAAACUCAGCCAAGCCAUUCAAUUUCCACAAAGAGUUUGCUAUGACAGAAGAAAUGGCCCUGAGGGUGAGCGACCACUACCCUGUUGAGGUGGAGUUACGUAAAGCUCCUCCUUUCUGGAUGACAGAGAGUUCCCAAGGACGUGACAGUGUUGAUACAUCAGGUAACAAAGGUGUCGCAGAGAGUCUGCAGGUUGAUGUUUUGAAACUGCAGAAAGAAAACCUGCUGCUGGAGCGAGAAAAACUUCAACUUCAGAUCUCCUUAUUAAAACAUCGGCUGGUCAAACUGAAGCUGAACGAAAGACCAGAAGACCUCAAGCAGGCUGACUUUGCUAAGCUGUUUUAA